AUGGGCGAGCAUAAUCUCCUGAAUCCCGGGUUUGUGGGGCCGCUGGUGAACAUCCACACGGGAGACACCUUCUAUUUCCCCAACUUCCGUGCGUCUGGGGCGCAGCUGCCCGGGCUGCCUUCGCUGUCCUACCCGCGCCGCGACAACGUGUGCUCGCUGCCCUGGCCGUCGGCGGAGCCGUGCAAUGGCUACCCGCAGCCCUAUCUGGGCAGCCCAGUGUCGCUCAACCCGCCCUUCGGCCGCACGUGCGAGCUGGCCCGCGUCGAGGACAGCAAGGGUUACUACCGUGAGCCCUGCGCCGAGGGUGGCGGCGGGGGCCUGAAGCGGGAGGAUUCGUCCCUGCUCAACGAGGGCAACAAGGGCGCCGGCGCGGGCGACCCCGGCAGCUUGGUCUCACCUUUAAACCCCGGUGGCGGGCUCUCGGCCAGGGGCACGCCCUGGUACCCGAUCCACAGCCGCUCGCGGAAGAAGCGCAAGCCCUAUUCGAAGUUGCAGCUGGCCGAGCUGGAGGGCGAAUUUCUCGUGAACGAGUUCAUCACACGGCAGCGCCGGCGGGAACUCUCAGACCGCUUGAAUCUUAGUGACCAGCAGGUCAAGAUCUGGUUUCAGAACCGGAGAAUGAAAAAGAAAAGACUUCUGUUGAGGGAGCAAGCUCUCUCCUUCUUUUAGGGGACAGGACAAGGGAGCCAGCCCCAGACUGAGCCUGCCUCUGGCAGAGAGCAAGAGAGGGGGCACUGCCUGGGACGCAGGCUCACUGCUUAGAACACCUGACAUCUCUUGCAGGCCCUCUCUGGACGUCCUCUUGUCUGUUUUGUUCAUGGUUCCCGCUCACACACCCCCAGCAGGCCCUGCCAGGCCCCAGAGAGAAGGGAAGAACCCAGGCAGGGAGACAAGAAGCCCACAGCUGCAGGCCUGGGGUAGGGACAGGGAAGGCAGAGGCACUGGGGAGGGGUUGCUUUGAAGUAGACUGAGGCAUUGGACCUCUGACUGAGGACCCAGGUACCCACUCCCACCACUUUUCUUCUGUGAUUUUAAAUCUGUUUGCCUGCAAGAGUAGGCAAGGGUGGGGGCAGUGGAACCAAGUCUCUCACAACUCUCUGUUGUUGGAGUUAGAAGCUGCUGAGAGGAGGGAGCAAGAGUGGAGGUCACCAGAGAGAGGAGGGGGACAGGGUAGCUCUGGGAAGGCGGGAAGAAAUGGGGGAACCCCGGAGGAGGUGCGGUUUGGGAGAAUACUAUGAUCAGCAAUGCCCAUGUCCGCAGGGCCUGGGUUCUCCGGGCCUGACCGGCAGAGCAGGCGGAAGCAUGAACGUUUGGCAGACUCAGCUGCGGACAAGGCGAUCACAGCCUUAUGUCCCCUCUAGGGCAGGCCGCCCAAGUGUCUCCCGGCCCUCAGCCCCCUCCUGAGCCCUCUGCCAGCCCAUUUGCCACAGGUGUGCUGCCAUCCUCUCUUUCUGCUGCCCAGGCGGCUGCGGGCCAAAGCUGCCAGUGGGGAAUUAAGAGCUAAGCAGACGCAGCCUCGUGUUCAAUAGCCACCCGAGGGACCCCCCCAAGAUGCUGUGAAAGGGGCUGGGAAGCCGGCAUUGAUUGGCGGGAGAGUUUCUGGCAGCCACAGGCUGCCUACGCUGACUCUCCCUUCCCCGCUGGCGUUCACGGUCAUGGCCGGGAGGGCGGAGGCUGGACCGGCAUAAUUUAUGAGGCUGUAGGAGAAUCCGCCCCUAAAGGGGCUACUGGCCACAGUUUCCCUGCUCAGCCCAGGUUUCCCAGGCUGGUGACAAUGAAGGGGGAGGUGCUGCAGCCCCCACCCAACUCCUUUCUGUCUCCCACGCCACCCUCUCCCCAACUUGGCCCUUUGUCUCAGGACCUGCUGCCUCUGCCUCCAGCUUGGAGCCUCUGAGUACAAGGACCAGAGCAGAGGGAGGAGCACACCUCCAGAACCGGUUGGAGGCUAGAGAGUGGCUUCUCCAGUGGAGGGCCUUUCACUGACAGCCGGGUCAGGCCCCAGCCCCAGCCCAAGAGAUCUUAGGCUGGCUUGGGAGAGAGAAGCAGUGAAGGAACUUGCCUGCCUUCCCAUAUUCUGUGUUUUUAAUCCCUCUGAGAGUCCCUCAUCCUCCCGUCUGCUGACCCACCCUUGCCAGGAGCGAGGGACUGAUGGGAGUUCAGCUCAGCUUGGGAAGUGUGAACUGGCCUGUUAGUGCGGAGUUCUUCCUGUCUGGGGCGGGUCUCCCCAAACACACCCUUGAAAGGCAAUCCACAUAGCUGCCCCUCCCCUUCCACCAGCACACAGCUUCAAGUCCCUGGACUGGACUGUGCAGAGGCACAGGCAAACUCACAGGGAUAGCUGAGCCCAGCACACUACUGGGCCCAUCCCAUUCUUCUGACUGUGUUUGCAAGAAGGCAGCCUCAUAUUCCCAAAUACAACCCUGUAGAGUGGCCAUAUAAUCACAUGCUCCCAUCCUCCACUGGGCACCUGACACACUUCUCCACCCACAUAAACUUGCACUUAGGUGCAAGUUUGCAGAAAUCACUGCCGUUCCAGCUGUCUGCACACUCCCCUGUGGGCUCGUCCUGGGUAUGAGGCACACUCCCCUUUGCUUGGUCACCCAGGUACCUCUUCACGCAGCCUCUCCUGUGACCUCAAGGGCUCUGGGGUGCUGGAUUCCAGCUCCACCACUCUAGCCUGACUCCCACAGCCUAAUACAGAAGAGAGACCAGAACACUCUCAAAUGGGGGCGAGGGACAAAGAUAUGCAAUAUUCUCUUCCUGUCUCUUUAAAUUUGACUUUUGUGAGCUUCUCUGUCAAUCUGUGUCCUGUUCUCUGUGUCUGUUGCUAGUACCUUGUGUAGUCCCUGUGGGUAGACCACUUCCCUUCUUUCCCUCCCCAGUUCUCUGUAGUAUGCCCUCCUAUUCAAACGGCUGUCUUUAGCACGUUUUCCCCUUUAUAUAGUCCUUGUACAGAGUUGCUUCAUCAUAUUAAUAUUAAUAAUAAUAAUAAUUAAAACAUGA